AUGGAACAUUUUAAGUAUGAUGUGAAUGGUACUUGGAAUGAUAUGAUGAACUUUCAAAGCAAAAUGCCUUUCAGCAGGAUGCGAAGAUCAAAUUAUUUUAAAGCUGAACGAUGCAAUUGUGCUAAGGAAAUGAUUCGAUGUCCAGAAGGACCAAGAGGACCACCUGGCGAACCAGGUGUUGAUGGAGAAAACGGUGAAAAUGGUGUAGAUGGUAAGCCAGGAAUACCGGGAUUUUUCCUGGAUGACAUUAGUGAUGAAGAAGAUUGCAUAUUAUGCCCUCCUGGACCACCAGGACUACCAGGAAACACUGGUAUGCCAGGCAAAACUGGCCGUCCUGGAUUACCAGGAAUUCCUGGAAAAAAUGGACAACCUGGUCUACCUGGUUUACCUGGUCCAAUGGGAGAAUGUGGAGCUCCUGGAGCUACUGGAAAACCUGGAUUACCAGGUCGAUCAGGAAAAAAUUACAUUGUAUCAAAAUAUACGAAACCGGAAUUAUCAUCAGGUUUGUCCGAAAAAACAACUCCAUCAAAUGAGCUUGGCAUGACAGAUGAAUCAAGAUAUCAAAAUUCACCAAAGGUACUAGAUAAAGAAAAAAUUCAAAAUCAAUUUGAGAAACAUGGUCAGGUUGUCAUAUCGAAUCCGGAAACGGAAAAGUCAGAGAAACCGGAAAAUAUUCUCAUAAAUCCGCUUACGAAACAUGGACAGAUUUAUUAUAAAGGUGAAAAUGAUAACAAAAAGAGGAAUGAAACGAGACGACUGAUCACUGAAAGACAAUUGAAACGUCUCUCUGAAUGGAUCGAACAAUGGAGAAUUGUAUCAAAUCAAUCAGUUCACUAA